UUGUCCAUGUCGGCGCAGCGCACCAUCCUCUACGCGUAAAGGAACGCAAAAGCGGAAUCUUCAGGCUUCACAGACCUCUUGCAGGCGAACAGAGACUGGAGCCCGCUGCCCGAGAGCAAAUUUUAUCCAAUUAAGGCAUCGCCAGGCUCAGAUGUUUCGAUGGAUUUCUUCGGCAAACUCCCAGUCUUCCUGCUGAUGGUGCUCCUCGGAGCGCAAGGCUGCUUCUCAUCCAAGGCAGAGGACAGAUUAUUCCGAAGGUUGUUCCGAAGAUACAACCAGUUCAUCCGACCUGUGGAAAAUGUGUCUGAUCCAGUUACGGUGGAGUUUGAAGUGUCCAUAUCACAGCUUGUUAAAGUGGAUGAGGUGAAUCAAAUUAUGGAAACUAACCUGUGGCUGAGACAUGUUUGGAACGACUAUAAACUGAAAUGGACCCCCGUCGAAUACGACGGCAUCGAGUACAUACGAAUUCCAUCCAACAAAAUCUGGAGGCCGGAUAUUGUCUUAUACAACAAUGCUGUUGGUGACUUCCUUGUAGAAGACAAGACCAAAGCGUUGCUGAAGUUUGAUGGCACUAUCACUUGGGUCCCCCCAGCUAUAUUCAAAUCCUCCUGCCCAAUGGACAUCACUUACUUCCCCUUUGACUACCAGAACUGCUCCAUGAAGUUUGGGUCCUGGACAUAUGACAAAGCAAAGAUCGACUUGGUGCUCAUUGGCUCAAAGGUGAACCUGAAAGACUUCUGGGAAAGUGGGGAGUGGGAGAUUAUUGAUGCACCUGGAUACAAACAUGACAUUAAGUAUAACUGCUGUGAGGAAAUCUACCCAGACAUCACCUACUCCUUCUACAUCCGCCGCCUGCCUCUUUUCUACACAAUAAAUCUCAUCAUCCCUUGCCUCCUCAUCUCCUUCCUCACGGUGCUGGUUUUCUAUCUCCCGUCAGACUGCGGGGAGAAGGUCACCCUGUGCAUCUCCGUCCUGCUCUCCCUCACCGUGUUCCUGCUGGUCAUCACUGAAACCAUCCCCUCCACGUCGCUCGUCAUCCCGCUGAUUGGAGAGUAUCUUCUCUUUACCAUGAUUUUUGUGACUCUGAGUAUCGUCAUUACCGUCUUUGUGCUGAAUGUCCACUACCGUACUCCAAUGACUCACACGAUGCCGGAGUGGGUGAGGAUGGUGUUCCUCGGGGUGCUGCCCAGAGUGAUGCUGAUGAGACGGCCGAUUGACCAGGGCUGCUCAUCACCCGCCAGAAUUACAGGAGCGACAGGAGGCGGAGUCACCGGCGGGGGUAUGAAGAAGAGAAAGACCAGCAUAGGAGGAGGAAGCAGCUCUGGAAGUGUAAGUGUGGGAGGCAUAACUGGAGGCAUGGCAUGCCCACCGCUGGAAAGUGGUUCAGGGGGAGGCGGGACCUCCUCGGCUGGUGGCUCCAUGAACUGUGUGGAAUAUGGCGACGUGAACCGUGACCUCAACCGCGACAUGACUAGGAGGUGUCCCUACAGAGGCAAGGAGGUGCCAACUCCUGUUCCUCCACCUCCUCCCCAGGCAAAACCGGCUCAGGGGCCUCCGGAGGCGGAGCCACCGAAGGCGGCGAGGCCUCUGAAAGCCUCGUCGCCUGUCAAUGCUGUUGUUGCUUUUUCUGUGGUGUCGCCGGAGAUCAAGCAGGCCAUCGAGAGCGUGAAAUACAUCGCAGAGAACAUGAGGACACGCAACAAAGCCAAGGAGGUGGAGGAUGACUGGAAGUACGUUGCCAUGGUCAUCGACAGGAUUUUCCUGUGGGUUUUUGUGACAGUGUGUGUGCUGGGAACUCUGGGACUUUUCCUCCAGCCACUUAUAAGCUUCUUCAAAUGAAGAACCUAUCUUGCCUCUCUUUUCCCCCCUGCUGUACUUGUCUUCCUGAUAAUUUCUUUACACCUUACUUGAGUUACUCCAGGAAAUAUCCUGCACUUAGCGGUGUCAAAUCAAGCACAAGACCAUAGUUGUUCUCUUUUUUUAGGCUGUUGUCACUUCCUCUCUCUGUGUCUCGGGUGCCAUCAUCAACCAUCCUAUUUAACUCUCUUCUGUAGAUUUCCCUAGUCUGAAACACAUCUCUUUAUUCCUCAUCUAUUUGCCCUUUCAGCUGCCAAUUCAAUGCUAUAGCAAUGCUGCUAUCUUGUUUCCCUCCCAGUAUCACAUAUUUUCUGAAACCUGAUUUUCUCGUCGUCUCCUUUCUGUUUAUUUAUUUAUUUAUUUAUUUAUUUAUUUAUUUAUUUAUUUAUUUAUUUAUUUAUUUAUUUAUUUAUUUAUACCUCUCCAGUGUUUUACUUUGAGCUUCCACUGGAGGCAUCUUUCCACUGUCACUCCUUGGAGCAGCAGCUUGUAUGUCACUUUCCGAGAACUCUUUGGAAACACAUUUCAGUUAAAAGAAGAAAAGGAAAAUUACUUAAGUUGUUGUAGGCCAGUUCAGUAAACCACAAUCUGGUCCAAUAAUGACACUGAGUUGGGAAUUAUAGCACAAAAUGCUCUUUUCUGGAUAUAAUAAUGACAUAGAUGUGUUUUCUGAUAGAAGUUAAUGAUCUGUUUAUCUAUGUUUUCCUUGUAGAGAAAAACAAAAACAUAGUGCAUGCUGGCCUUUAACCUUUAAUGAUGACAUGUUUUCCAGUAUAUUUAAAUGCACAAAAUAUGAAUUCAGGACAGGAGUUUGCAAUGUAUGGAGGCACUUUCAACCACAAAAUGUACAAUUAAACCUGUAAAAUGACUUGAAACAAUAGAAAUGUUUAAUAAAAAAUAUUAUAGUAGUAACA